AUGCUUUUAUUUUUCCUCUUCCAUGGGGUGCUGGUGGAUUUUGCAUAUUCCAAGAUUUCCCAGCUUUCCCGGUUUGACUCGUUAUCCGCCAAGUCCAAGCUAGCGCCGUUCUGGGAAACUUUCCAAGACGAUGGCGAGUUCGACAAAUGGAUUUCCUUUUCUUCAGAAGAACUUUCUCUCUACAAAGAAAAGGCGCGGGCGAUGUUCUACCACGGCUACGAAAACUACAUGUCCCACGCCUUCCCACUCGACGAACUGGACCCGAUCGGCUGCGCGGGCCGCGGCCCGGACCUCCAAAAGCCCGAAAACAUCAACAUCAACGACGUGCUCGGCAACUACUCGUUGACGCUGAUCGAUUCGAUGGACACGCUCGCGCUGCUGGGCGACAAAGAGUCUUUCCGAAGCGCGGUCGAUUUCGUCGUCGAGUCCGUCGAUUUCAACCAGCCCUACUCGGUGAACGUCUUUGAAGUGACAAUUCGCGUGUUGGGCGCCUUGUUGUCCAGCCACUCGUUGAUCGUCGACCCGGAGCAAAUGAUUCCAGACCUGCAUCCGGAAUACAACGGCGGUCUCCUCGGCAAAGCAGUCGACCUGGCCGACCGGAUCAUUCCUUCUUUCGAAACGAGCAGCGGCGUCCCCUUGCCGAGGAUUAAACUCAACGGCGGACCUGCCCACACUUCCAACAGAACUGAUACCACCAUCGCUUCAGCGACUAGUCUUAUUCUCGAAUUUGGACUGCUCAGCAAACUAACUGGCAACGACACUUACCUAUCCUUGGCCCGCAACGCUGUCGAUGUCAUUUGGGGAGUCCGAAACGAAACAACAGGACUGUGGCCGUCUGGAAUUGACUCCCGAACUCUGCUGCCGACGAAUAAUUUCUCCGGCUUCGGCGCUGGUUUCGAUUCUUUUCCCGAAUAUCUGCUCAAGAGCUACAUUAUGUUCGGCUACGAAGUCGAGUUCUCACGCUUCACUGAGCUCAUCAGAUCCUAUCGAAAGUACGCGCGCCAAGGUCGCCCAAAAUGCUUCUCCGGCGACGGGACUGUUCCGUUUUUCACGAACGUGAAUUACUCCACCGGCGAAAUCGCCAACACCUGGCUCGACUCGCUUUCCGCAUUCCUUCCCGGACUUCUGACGCUUUCUGGCGAUGUCGAGGAAGCCGUCUGCCUUCAUUUUCUGUACUUUACGAUUUGGAGAAUGUUCGACGCUUUUCCAGAACGAUUUGAUUGGAAUAAACUUUCGUCGAUUGUCCAUUUCUAUCCGCUGCGGCCUGAGCUUAUUGAAAGCACAUAUCACCUCUACCGAGUGACAAAGAGCCCGUUUUACCUCCACGUGGGAAAAGAGCUGCUCAAUUCGAUCGAGAGAAACAUGAAGACUGAAUGCGGCUUCGCGACGCUGCAUUCUGUGCUGGACAGAACUCUGGAAGACAGAAUGGAAUCCUUCUUUCUCGCAGAAACCGUCAAAUAUUUAUACCUCCUGUUUGACGCUGAAAAUCCGCUCCACAAAUCCGAAAAGUGGAUUUUCUCGACAGAAGGCCACGUCCUCCCCGUUUUAAAAUCGGAAGAAAAAGUCGGUUCAAAGUGCACUUCUCCCGGCUUGAAUCUAACUCGGACUCCAGAAAACACGAUUUGCCCAGGCGUUUGCCACCAGUUCACCAGGCAACAAAACCUUCUACCUCUUCAGCCAAAGUACAUCCGUCAAAUCGAAGCGGCAAUUGGUCUACGGCACCUUUGA